GCGCUAACGCGCAAGCUUCGUCUCAAUUUAACUUUGUGUUCAAAUACUGCUGUACUCAUAGCGUAUUGGAUAACUCUAUCGUUGAUUGGCUUAAAGAAGACAUACAAGCUUUCGACAUUGAUGACUGAACAGUGAAAUACACUUGCUAAGCGCGCCAUUUCGUCGGCGCUCUGUUUCUUUCGUUUGGGAGAUCGCGGUGUGGAAAAAAAUAGGAGUAACUCACAAGAACAAUUGAGACUCCUCAAGGAAGCUUACAAAGGCAAACAAUGACAGACAAGGAUGGAGAGCAUUUCGAUGAUGCUGUGGAGGAGCGGGUUAUCAAUGAGGAGUACAAGAUCUGGAAGAAGAAUACCCCAUUCCUGUAUGACCUGGUGAUGACACAUGCUCUGGAGUGGCCCUCACUGACUGCUCAGUGGCUGCCUGAUGUCACCAGGCCCGACGGGAAGGACUACACGAUCCACCGGCUGAUCCUGGGCACGCACACGUCGGACGAGCAGAACCACCUGUUGAUCGCCUCCGUGCAGCUGCCGACCGAGGACGCCCAGCUGGACCCGUCUCACUACGACAGCGAGCGGGGAGAGUUCGGCGGCUUCAGCUCCGUGAAUGGCCGAAUCGACAUCGAGAUCAAGAUCAACCACGAGGGCGAGGUGAACCGGGCGCGCUACAUGCCGCAGAACCCGUGCGUCAUCGCCACCAAAACGCCCAGCUCCGAUGUGCUCGUGUUCGACUACACCAAACACCCGAGCAAGCCGGACCCCGGCGGCGAGUGCAGCCCCGACCUCAGGCUGCGUGGUCACCAGAAGGAGGGGUACGGCCUCUCGUGGAACCCGUCUGUGAACGGUAACCUGCUGUCGGCCUCGGACGACCACACCAUCUGCCUGUGGGACAUCAACGCCACGCCCAAGGAGAACAAGGUGGUGGAUGCCAAGAGCAUCUUCACCGGCCAUACCGCCGUCGUCGAGGACGUGGCGUGGCACCUGCUGCACAUGACGUUCUUCGGCUCGGUGGCUGACGACCAGAAGCUGAUGAUCUGGGACACGCGCUCCAACACCACCAACAAACCGUCACACAUCGUGGACGCCCACUCGGCCGAGGUCAACUGUCUGUCGUUCAACCCGUACUCGGAGUACAUCCUGGCCACCGGCUCGGCCGACAAGACGGUCGCCCUCUGGGACCUGCGCAACCUUAAGCUCAAACUGCACUCGUUCGAGUCGCACAAGGACGAGAUCUUCCAGGUGCAGUGGUCGCCACAUAACGAGACAAUCCUGGCGAGCAGCGGCACCGACCGUCGCCUGCACGUCUGGGAUCUGAGCAAGAUCGGCGAGGAACAGUCGGCAGAGGACGCUGAGGACGGGCCGCCCGAGCUGCUCUUCAUCCACGGCGGCCACACGGCCAAGAUCUCCGACUUCUCGUGGAACCCCAACGAGCCGUGGGUGGUGUGCUCCGUCUCCGAGGACAACAUCAUGCAGGUCUGGCAGAUGGCAGAGAACAUCUACAACGAUGAGUCAGAGCAGCCGGCGGCCGACGUCGAGGCCAACCGCGACUGAGCCCGCCAGCUGUGCCGACUCACGGACCGAGCUCAAAUGACGACCCACACUCGUCACCGAUCCUCAGAAAGGUCGGGGUUCAUUCCUCAUGAACAAAUUGUACAAGGUGUUACCGGGAAGCUUCUGACGCCGCUGUCGUGACCAAGCACGCCUGCCUGUUUGUGUUGUGCUGACGUGGUCUCUGCUGUUCCGGGAUCUCUGGCUGCGAGUUCGGUCGGUCAGAAGCCGUCAUGUGUUGCUCUCCAGCUGGAUCUCCGGUGCCACGGACUAUGCCCUCCGUGCACCCUGGUCGCGUUCUCGCUGACACGCACUGAAACAUUCAUCAUCAUUCCGCGCUCCGGUCACCGGUGGACAUUUCGUAAUACAACGCCACAUGGGAUC